CUCAGCGCCUACUAGGGCUUUCUUUUCCCGACUCAACCAGAGUGCAUAUCGGAGGAAGGGACUUUUUGGCUCGUUAAACUCCUGCACAGCCAGUCGCGAUGGGUCGCGUCAUUCGCGCACAGCGUAAGGGUGCGGGUUCCAUCUUCGUGUCCCACACGCACAAACGCAAGGGUGCGGCUCGGUUCCGGUCUCUGGACUAUUCGGAGCGCAACGGAUACAUCAAGGGCGUCGUCACUGAGAUCCUCCACGACUCUGGCCGCGGCGCCCCCCUCGCUAGGGUGCAGUUCCGCCACCCGUUCCGUUUCAAGCACCAGAAGGAGCUGAUGGUUGCGGCGGAGGGCAUGUACACCGGCCAGUUCGUGUACUGCGGCAAGAAGGCCACGCUCAGCAUCGGCAACGUGCUGCCCGUGCGUGCCAUGCCCGAGGGUACCGUCUGCUGCAACCUCGAGCAGCACGUCGGAGACCGCGGCGCCAUCGCACGCGCCUCCGGCGACUAUGCGAUCAUCGUGUCGCACAACCCUGACAACGGCACCACCCGCGUGAAGCUCCCGUCGGGUUCCAAGAAGGUUAUCCCCUCCUCGUGCCGUGGCAUGGUGGGGCAGGUGGCUGGCGGCGGGCGCACGGAGAAGCCGAUGCUGAAGGCGGGUAACGCGUUCCACAAGUACCGCGUGAAGCGCAACUCGUGGCCCAAGGUGCGUGGUGUGGCUAUGAACCCCGUGGAGCAUCCUCACGGUGGUGGUAACCACCAGCACAUUGGCCACGCCUCCACCGUGCGCCGCGACGCGCCCGCCGGGCAGAAGGUCGGUCUCAUUGCCGCCAGGCGUACCGGUCGGCUGCGCGGACAGGCUGCAGGGUCGCUCAAGAUGGAGAAGGCCGCUUAAGCAGGCUCAGGGCCAGGGGUGGCGGUUCAGGGACGGAGGCCGUGUCAGUGGCGUGGAAUGGAGGGAGCAGUGGGUGCAGGGCACCUGGUGGAGGAUGGAAAGGUGCCUCACUGGUUGCUGCUGGCAAUGGUGGUGUUUUACUACGCGUUUGUGUGUGUUUCAUACAUUGUAUUCAAAUUCGUGAUGAUGAGAAGCACAUGGUUCGUGUGUUGCUUGCAACCCAUGCUAACACUGUCCAGCAAAUCUUUCUGUCAAUAGUACGUACCAGGAUUGUUUGUAGAGGCUGCAAGGUGUCCAGUAAUUGUCCUGUCCUGAGUCUGGAAAUUGCAAUCACAUGGAUGAGGAA